AUGGCGACCCUCCCAGAAGAAAUCAUGUUGAUCUGGUGUCGCCCGAAAGCAACAUCUGCAGUGCUAUUUCUCAUCAAUCGCUAUCUCGCCGUGCUCGGGGGUGUUGUUGUCCUAAUUAGCAAUUUCCUACCCGUUUCACCUAAGCAAAUUUUUAUUUGUCUCACACUGUCUCUUCGCACUUAUGCUCUCUACGGCCGCAGCAGGCGUCUGCUUAAAUGGAUGGGGAUCAUCGGACUUGUUCUUAUAGCAGGAGCAUUAGCGGUAACUUUUGGAGAUGACUCAGAUGCUGGGGUCGACGCCGGCGACUGCCAUGAAAUAUACACGACAGCAACAACUGUCCAUCAUGGGAUGGCUUGGAUGGCAAUGUUUAUCUACGAAUUACUCAUCUUUGUCCUCACAGUCUUCAGGGCCUGGAAAACUAGAGGAUUGCGGUUCUCCCUAUUAUCCAGGAGAGAUAUCCUUGAUGUCAUAUUCCAAGAUGGUAUUUUUCGUCGCACCGGUAUUGUAAACACUGAACCAACCGAGCGCAGGUGUGAUGUACUUCGUAGGAAUGACAUUAGUCAAUUUACCCAACAUUCUGACGCACCUCUGUGGUUCAGUGAGCAUACCCGCAUGUUUCACCAGGUUGACUAUUUUCUGACAAUUUGCAAGGAAAACAUCAGAGGCAGCCUGAGUGUAUUUACUACUUGCAUGUCUGUUACUCUCAUCUCUCGCCUGAUGCUCAACCUGCACGGAUGUGUCGACACUGGUAUCUUUUCUACCCCUGCCGAGACUAGCCCCGAUGUCCUUACCACCAGAAUCGACGUAGAGUUUGCGGUUUCCUCAGACCAUUGGUAG